AUGGAUCCAAUUCCAUGGGAUCAGGUCAAGGCUGGGGAUCUGGAUGCCCUGCGGGCGGCGCUCUUCUCGAGUUCGACGUCACGCAGGCUCCGGGCCCUGCAAGAACUUCGCGACAGAAGCGGCAGCGAUAUACCCUCAGAGUACUCCCACGAUAUUUUAGCGCUUCUUUUCCAAACGUACCCCCUCUAUGUCGAUCGAUCUUCGCGACAGGCCGUCCACGGAUGCCUCCGCUCUCUCCUCCAAACCCCGAACAGCACAGACGACCUGAAAUACUUGGCAGAAAACUUGAAAAUUGAAGCGUCAAAGUCGAGUCUUAAUUCUGCUUCUGCAUUCGUCGUAUUGGAGUGGUGCGGGACUCUUUUGCAGCAGGUCAGCGGAGAUGAGACCGUUCCCUUGGCAAUUGUCCUAGAUUUGAUCGCCAUUGAUGCCAAGGCCUUGGAGAACUGCUUUGCUCAUACACCCAAGUGGACAUUGAGAAAUUCGGCUCUUCGAGUGACAAGGCGUGCCCUGCGCGUGGCAUUCUCCAACAAGACCUGGGGCGAGGAUGCGGUACGCCAAUCGGUUAGUCGCUUGACCUCCGACUCCGCAUCUGGUCAGAAGAAUGCGCUACUUCUUGGCGUGAUUUCAGGAGUAUGUGCACGCUUGCCAGAUAAGAAGCCAAUUCUAGAGGAGUCCAAAAAAGCAAUCCUGGGUUUCUACGUGAAAGAAAUCUUAACAUCGAAAUCUGUCGUGCCUUCUCAUGUCAGCGGUGGACUAUCUGACUUUUUUAAUUCUUUUGUCACAUCCGAAGACGUGGCCACGGAACUGGUACCUACUAUCGAGAAGACCAUGCUGCGAGCACCAGAGGUCAUAUUGAGCGGUGUGAUUCCUCCUCUCUGCGCCUCUCUGUCCUCAGAAAUAGAUCUUUCAGAGGUGGUCCAAACUCGUCUGUCGAAGCACCUACUGUCUAGCAUGAAAUCUAACAAUGCAGUCACUCGGCAAGGAGCCGCAGACUCUUUUGGAUCCCUGCUGGCUCGCUGCAAAAAUGAAUCUUUGGUUCUGAAAAUUACAACUGAGAUCAUCGGUCCAUUGAAGACGCAAAAGAUUACCGCUCCUGAGCAUAGGGUUGCCCACUCUCAAGCAGUAUCUGCCAUACCUAUGUCGGCAGAUGUGUCGAAAGAGGUCGUGCAAGGGCUCGUGACUUUGCUUUCUCGCGAAUCGAAUGAGCUUGCUCUCGAAGAAGAACUCAAAGCAUUUAGCCGACACCUUAAUUUCCUCAUUCAUUCAACGACGAAAGUUAGUGAUGAUGCUGUGAGUGCAAUUGUUAAGGGUAUCUCUGAUAAACGGGUUCCUUUCCGCAAAAUUUGGCAACUCAGUGUAGGAGAGGUUUUCUGGCAAUCCGAGAUCUCAGCUCUCAAGAGCGUCGAGAUCCAGCCAUUGGUAACAAAGUUCCUUGCGAAGAUGAAGGAUUUAUUCGGAGAAGUAUCGUCUAAUCCACUACCCUCAGCACAAAGUGGCGCGUUGUCAUCAGCGUAUGUAUUUCUCGCACUUUUCCAACGGAUCUCGGAUAUCGAAGGGUCAGAUAGGGCUGAGUGGGAGGCCAAGGUCUCGCAAUCCAUGGUUAUUGGCGCGAAGCCUUCCUUCUUGCUCAAUCCUAAGGCCUAUUCGAAAAUUACUUCUAAGGCAGAGAUGCAAUGGUUGGUCAGAGCCCUGACAGCCGUCGCUUCAGGACCGAAGUUUACUGGCGCCGAAGAUGCUUCCAAAAUCGCAUGGGCUGAAACUUUCAUAUUUGCUAUCACCGGGCCAGCUAUGCCUACAAAUUUCCGAGAGAGUGCGACUGCUAUAUUGUCGGAUCUCUACUCAAAGGAUGUCGCUGGAAGCGGGCUUAUUAUCAUCAGUGCACUUUGGUCUUGGCUCAAUGCCUUCCGAAAUGCAGAGAAAGAGUCGGCUGCGAUUUUCGCAGGCCCAGGAAGCGACCGUUUUCUCCACCUGAUAUUGAAAGCCCUUUGCCCUGCAAAGUCUUCAGCGGGCUCUGAAUACUCCAAUGACCUUGAAAUGAUUCUCAUUAAAAUCCUUGUGCUCAGCCGGCCAGAAUUGGUUCCAGGGGCCUCUUGGAUUGACCUAUGUUUGCGAACAGGAACUGACCCUGGUAACCUUGUCCGGGCUCAUCCUUCCGAUUGCAUUGAACAAUUAGUAGCAGUCAACGCGGAUCCCAUCCAGUCAGCCGUGCCAGGUGUUAACUCUGCUGUUUGGGGCGCUGCAGGUGACCUUGCGUUUGUUGCCCCAGAAACCAUGAUUCCUCGCCUAGUUGACCAGAUCAAAGAGGACCUUGAUGGCGCUCGUCUGGCUAAGUUUACCGUCACAGAUGCAGCAAUCUUCCGUACCCCCGAAGGCACAGCGUAUAUUGACGUGCUAAGUAGCAAGUCGAAGCAGCCUGCCUUUGACAAGAACACGAAAGAUUAUGACACUUUGAAAUGGGAAGAAGAGCUUAGAGCUCAGCUAGCAGAGAAAAAGGGACAGAAGCAGAAGAAGCUCACUGGCGAAGAGCAAGCUAGGGUUAACGCGCAGCUUGCAAAAGAAGCCAAGAUCCGUCAGGACGUUCUCCAAGAAGUUAAGCGCAUCGAACGGGGUGCAGGCCUUAUUAAGGGUCUUGCGACGGGUCCAGCCAGCGAUGUCGAGGCUUGGAUCAAUGCUGCAGUCAGCUGCUUGCUUUCUCUUGCUCGUGCUGGAGCUGGUCUUUUCGUCGGUGAUGUGGUGUCUCAGGCAUACGUCGCCUGUGCGAACGAGGUGUCUUCUCGUCUUGGUAACACUCGUCCAUUCGUUGGUAUUGCUACUCUUCGGGCUAUUGGCCAAACAAACUUGCCCAAGGAAAUGGAACUUGAGCAUCUUGGAGAAUUGGUAACAAGAAUCUUGUACCGACUCCGAUUUGCCUCCGAACAGCGGCCUCUCGAUACCGCGUCUCUUGCAUAUGUCCUCCCGCUGAUUUUCCUUGUCCUGGACCAAAAUGGCAUCGAAGAAGCCAAGGCUGAGACUGAGGGCGAGCAGGUUCUGCUCGCUAUCGAGAUUAUCUCCUUCCAUUCUGGAUCUUUCACUGACGAACGGCUACCUCGGAAUGAGCUCCUAAAGCAUCUUCUCUCUGCUAUGCAGAGAUAUACCCAGCAUUACAAGUUGAUCAAGGAUACUUUGUUCAAUUUCUGCCGAUGCAUUUCUGCAAACCUCAACGGCGAAGAGCUCGAAACUCUUCUUCAGGGUAGCAUUGUCCCGGAACCAUCUGUUAGAACAUCAGUCCUCCAGGUUAUUGAUGAGGAAAUUGAUCUUUCCGAUCUCGAAUUUUCUGAAUAUAUUUGGCUAGCUUUCCACGACCAUGUGGAAGAGAAUGCCGAAAUAGCUCAAACAAUCUGGGAAGACAGUGAACUUAAGGUUGACGAUGCUGCCUUCCCCAAGAUCGUCAAAUACUUGGACGCUAAGGACAGCCAACUACGCAGUGCGGCUGCCCGUGCUUUAGCCCAUGCAGUUGGCCUCCACAAGAACAAAUUUGAAGAGAUCUUGUCUGAGCUCAAGAGCAAGUAUGUCGAGGAGGUGAAGCCUAAAGCUCCCGAGAAGGAUGCCUACGGAAUGCCACGAAAGGUGGAUAACACCGACAAUUACGAAGGUCGCAGUGGUAUUGCGAUGGCUUUCAAUGCCAUGACCAGUCUCUUUGAUGGGGAGCAGAUCAUUCUCUUCCUCCAAUUUUUGAUUGAGCAUGGCCCUCUAGUUGACAAGAAUUCCGCUGUAAGAACUCAGAUGGCGGAAAGUGGAAAGUCUGUCAUUUCUCAGAGAGGUCAACAGAAGGUCGAAGAGCUCAUGAAACUACUUGAAACAACAUUGGAAACUUCAGACAAGGCUACAGGGAGUUCCGAUUUACUGAACGAGGCAGUGGUCGUUUUCUAUGGAUCUCUUGCGAGACAUUUGAAGGCCGAUGAUCCUCGUCUCCAAGUCGUUGUCAGGAAGCUGCUUGCUACUCUUCCUACUCCUUCUGAGUCUGUGCAAUCUGCCGUUGCGGAAUGUCUGCCACCAUUGAUCAGAUUGUCGGGAUCCAAGACGGCUGAUUACGUCCAAGAAAUGCUUGAUCAGUUGCUCAAUGUCAAGAACUAUGCUACCCAGCGCGGUGCUGCAUACGGCUUGGCAGGUAUUGUAAGUGGCAGAGGUAUCUCGACACUCCGAGAGUUCCGGAUCAUGAGCUUGCUCAGAGAGGCCACCGAAAACAAAAAGGAGCCACAUCAAAGACAAGGCACUUUUCUAGCCGUCGAACUUUUUGCGACUGUUCUUGGACGGACUUUCGAACCUUACGUCAUUCAAUUCGUUCCUCAAUUGUUGGAUGGCUUUGGCGAUCCCAGUAUCGAUGUGCGGGAUGCCUGUUUGGAUGCCUCAAAGGCAUGCUUCCAGAACCUCAGUUCAUACGGUGUCAAGCAAAUCUUACCUACUCUGCUUGAUGGGUUGGAUGAUACACAGUGGCGAAGCCAGAAGGGUGCUUGUGAACUUCUGGGUUCCAUGGCCUACCUUGAUCCCCAGCAGCUCGCGGUCAGCCUGCCAGAAAUAAUUCCACCGCUUACUAUUGUGCUUAAUGAUACCCACAAGGAAGUUCGUAACGCUGCUAAUCGCAGCUUGAAGCGCUUUGGUGAGGUUAUCAGCAACCCUGAGGUCAAGAGCUUGGUCAAUGUGCUCCUCAAGGCCCUUAGCGAUCCCACCAAGUACACUGAUGAAGCACUGGACUCCUUGAUCAAGGUGUCUUUUGUGCAUUACUUGGAUGCUCCAUCUCUUGCUCUCGUUGUGCGAAUCCUCGAGCGUGGGCUCAGUGAUCGGUCAGCUACCAAGCGAAAAUCCGCCCAGAUCAUUGGAAGUUUGGCCCAUCUUACCGAGCGCAAGGAUCUUAUCACUCACCUACCUAUCAUUGUCGCCGGUCUCAAUCUUGCUAUCGUCGAUCCUGUUCCCGCCACUCGUGCCACGGCCUCAAAGGCACUGGGUUCGCUCAUCGAAAAGCUUGGAGAGGAUGCACUCCCCGAUCUUAUUCCCAACCUCAUGGCUACCCUCAAGUCCGACACAGGCGCUGGCGACCGGCUGGGAUCUGCUCAGGCCCUUUCGGAGGUUCUCGCCGGUCUAGGUACCACGAGACUCGAGGAGACCCUGCCAACCAUUCUUCAAAACGUUUCCAGCGCCAAGGCCUCUGUGCGCGAAGGCUUCAUGACGCUCUUCAUCUUCUUGCCUGCGUGCUUUGGUAACAGCUUCGCAAACUACCUUAGCAAGAUCAUUCCACCAAUUCUUGCUGGCUUGGCCGACGAUGUUGAAUCAAUCCGGGAGACUUCUCUGCGAGCUGGUCGCUUGCUCGUUAAAAACUUCUCCACCAAGGCCAUUGACCUUCUGCUUCCCGAGCUGGAGCGCGGCCUGGCAGACGACAGCUACCGUAUCCGUCUUAGCUCCGUUGAGCUUGUUGGAGAUCUGCUGUUCAGUCUUACUGGUAUUACUGGCAAGUCGGAGGCUGACGAAGAAGAAGAAGAGGCCACACAAGCUGGUCAAUCUCUGCUCGAGGUUCUCGGAGAAGAGAGAAGAGACAAGGUCCUUUCUGCCUUGUUCAUUUGUCGUUGCGAUACCUCCGGUCUGGUCAAGAGUGCCGCCAUGGCUGUAUGGAAAGCCCUUGUUGCUUCACCCAGAACUCUCAAGGAUAUGCUACCUGCCCUUUCCCAGCUUAUCAUCCGCCGCCUGGGCUCUUCAAACAUGGAGCAAAAGGUUAUUGCAAGCAACGCGCUUGGCGAUCUUAUCAAGAAAGCUGGAGAAUCUGUCUUGGCUACCUUGCUUCCUUUGCUCGAGGAGGGACUUCAAAGUUCUCCCGAUGUGGACGUCAAGCAGGGUAUCUGUAUCGCUUUGCGUGAGCUUAUCAACUCUGCCAGUCCCGAAAGCCUUGAAGAUUAUGAGAAGGUCCUUAUCUCCACUGUACGGGUGGCCUUGGUCGACGCCGACGAAGAUGUACGAGAGGCAGCUGCUGAAGCCUUCGAUGCGCUGCAGCAGAUCUUGGGCAAGAGAGCUGUCGAUCAAGUGCUGCCUUACCUUCUCCAUUUAUUGAGAAAUGAUGAAGAGGCCGAGCAAGCGCUAUCGGCUCUGUUGACUCUCCUUACUGAGCAGACCCGUGCGAAUAUCAUCCUACCAAACCUCAUUCCCACGCUGCUUGCGCCUCCUAUUUCCGCUUUCAACGCCCGGGCCCUGGCUUCCCUGGCCGAGGUUGCAGGUACAGCUAUGACGAGACGACUCCCCAACAUUUUGAACGCAUUGAUGGAUGGCAUCAUUGAGACCGAGGACGAAGACCUUCGCUCAGAACUCGAGAAUGCAUUCGAUACCGUCCUAGUUUCCGUGGACGAAUUUGACGGUCUCAAUGUUGCUAUGAAUGUCAUGAUGACCCUUGUUAAACAUGACGAUCACCGUCGCCGUAGCAAGGCUGCUCUUCAUCUUAAGAAAUUCUUCUCCGACGCAGAGAUCGAUUUCUCGAGGUAUUACCAGGACUUGAUCCGCGUCCUGUUGAUUUCCUUUGAUGACCGAGACAAGGAUGUUGUCAAGGCGACAUGGGCUGCCCUCAGUGGUCUCACGUCGCACAUGCGGAAGGAGGAGAUGGAGGUUCUGGUCGGUCCAACACGCCAAAUUCUCAGACAAGUAGGCUUCCCCGGAGCAGACUUGCCUGGGUUCAGCCUGCCAAAGGGCAUUAUGGCCAUUCUACCAAUCUUCUUGCAAGGUUUGCUCAACGGUACCACCGAGCAACGUACCCAAGCUGCCCUGGCUAUCUCCGAUGUUAUUGACCGCACUAAUCCGGAUUCAUUGAAACCAUUCGUGACUCAGAUCACUGGCCCAUUGAUCCGUGUGGUAUCAGAACGUUCAGUAGACAUCAAGUGUGCUAUCUUCUUCACACUCAACAAGCUUCUUGAGAAGAUUCCAUUGGCUGUGAAGCCCUUCUUGCCACAGCUGCAGCGAACUUUUGCUCGAGGUCUGGCUGAUACGUCUAGCGAGACCUUGCGUAACCGUGCCGCCAAGGGUCUUGGUAUCUUGAUUACACUGACACCCAGGGUCGAUCCUCUCAUCGCUGAACUCAUCGCUGGGUCUAAGACUCCAGAUCUCGGUGUGAAGAAUGCCAUGAUGAAGGCCCUCCAGGAAGUCGUUGGUAAGGCUGGUGCUAAUAUGAGCGAAGCGUCUCGAGCAUCACUCUUGGCGCUCAUUGAUGAUGAUUCCAGCGACCAGACUGAUGCUGUCGCUAUCACCAACGCCAAGUUACUUGGGGCUCUUGUGAAGGUUCUUCCCGAUAAUACAGCGGUCCCAUUAAUCAAGAACCGCAUUCUCAAUGGACAGUUCUCACAUGCCUCAGUGCUUGGAUUGAAUGCCCUCUUGGCUGAAGCACCUGCCACCUUAACCGACACAUUUGCUGAUGAAACUGUCUCGGCCAUUUGCCAGGGAAUUGCGAACGCAGAUCCCUUCAUAUCUGACAACAGCGUUCUCGCCGCUGGAAAGUUCCUGUUGUCCAAUGAUGGAGAUCAUCCCUUCGAAACUCAUAAGACCAUAUUUGAGGCACUGGCGGCAGUCAUUCCACCCGGCGGUCCAUCCGACACCCGCCGUUUGACAUUAGUAGUGAUCCGCACCGUCAGCCGCAUGCACCCCGAGAUGACCCGCCCUCACUUGGCUCUAUUAGCACCACCGAUCUUUGCAAGUGUUCGCGAUCUGGUCAUUCCAGUCAAGCUGGCUGCGGAGGCUUGCUUCCUGUCCAUCUUCUCUGUGGUUGACUCUGACAGCGAAGUCUUCGACAAGUACAUGGCUGGUCCUGGCGCUUCCCUUCCUCCUGGCCCCAAGCGCAGCAUGUCUGAUUACUUCAAACGUAUUGCCACGCGUUUGGCUACCCAAGCGCGUGAGAGGCGUGCUGCUGAAGGUGGCGAAGGUGGAUUGGGAUUGUCUAACGAUGAAGUUGAUGAUGAAAAGGAAUUGUGGAGUAUUGGCAAGGUUGAUCUCGGAGAGGAUGGCUUUGCCGAUGAUUAA